AUGCUUCAUGGCAGAAGGAGUAGCCAAGAAACACCGGAGUCGGUGAAAGACUCAAAUGCAGCCGGAGACAGAGGAGAAAUUACCACAAUGCAGGGAAAGAAGCCAAAAGGUGUAUACAAGUGCACACACACGCUGCUCCUUUCACUUAAUUUAUUAACAAAACAAAAAAACCCCUUGAAUUUUCUCAGGCAUUCCUUUUUACUAGUGCUUUAUGUUUCUAUAGACAUCUGCAGAGCAAUUGAGUUGCUGGAAAAAUUACAGAGAAGUGGAGAAGUGCCACCACAAAAGCUACAGGCAUUGCAAAGGGUCCUUCAAAGUGAAUUCUGUAAUGCUGUAAGGGAGGUAUAUGAACAUGUAUACGAAACUGUGGAUAUCAGCAGUAGCCCAGAAGUUAGAGCUAAUGCAACAGCAAAGGCCACUGUAGCUGCAUUUGCUGCUAGUGAAGGUCAUUCCCAUCCCAGAGUGGUUGAACUACCUAAAACCGAAGAAGGUCUUGGAUUCAACAUUAUGGGAGGCAAAGAACAAAAUUCUCCAAUCUACAUCUCUCGAAUUAUCCCUGGUGGUAUAGCUGACAGACAUGGGGGCCUGAAACGUGGAGACCAGCUGCUUUCUGUAAACGGAGUGAGUGUCGAAGGGGAACACCAUGAAAAAGCAGUAGAACUGCUGAAGGCAGCUCAAGGAAAGGUUAAAUUAGUUGUGCGUUAUACACCAAAGGUCCUGGAAGAAAUGGAGUCGAGAUUUGAAAAAAUGAGAUCGGCAAAACGCAGGCAGCAAAAUUAACAUUGUUUGCAAUAACUCAAAAGAGAAAAUAUAUUCCAUUUACAUUUUAUA